AUGGGCGAUCGGAACGUGGAGCUGCAAACGACGCUGGUGCGGUACAACAACCCCGUGCUGGUAGUUAAACACGUUGAAAAGCGGGAACCAGCGGGUGACACGGCGACCGCUCCCGCCAAGGAGCAACCUGGCCGUCCUGGGUCGGGCGGUGCCGUUGUCGUGGAUAGUCCGCGCGAGACGGAAGAAAUUCUCAACUGCAUAUUGCCACCGAAAACGUGGGAAGAGGAUGGCCAGCUGUGGACGCAAACCGUCUCCAGUACACCCGCCACCCGGCAGGACGUUAUCAAUCUGCAGGAAAUGUUGGACACGCGUCUCCAGCAGACUCAGGCCCGCGAAACAGGUAUCUGUCCGGUGCGGAGAGAACUUUACACGCAAUGCUUCGACGAGCUGAUCCGGCAGGUAACGAUAAAUUGCACCGAGCGGGGCCUUCUUCUGCUGCGCGUACGGGACGAGAUCGCAAUGUCGCUCGAGGCGUACGAAACACUCUACUGUAGUUCCGUGUCGUUCGGCAUACGAAAGGCGCUGCAGGCACAGGAAGGAAAGGAAAAGCUCCAAGAGCAGAUACAGUUACUGGAGCACGAAAAGGAGGCUUUGUUGAAUUCCAUCAGUGACAUGAAGAUUAAGGCGGAUCAGGCAGAACGGAGGAAUGCGGAGUUGCGCGCAUCGGAGGAGAAGAAACAUUCGGAAGAAAUUGCAUUCCUUAAGAAAACAAACGCCCAACUGAAGGCUCAACUGGAAGGAAUUAUUGCACCGAAGAAGUAA